UUCACUAAUGCUAACGCUUUUUUGGGAACUUUAGUAAGUAUAUAACAUUAUUAAACCGAGCUUCUAAACAGGAUAAACUUUUUAAUAUUGCUUACAUUAAUCAACAACAAAAUGUUAAUAUGCAAACAUCAUCAAAUGAGACAACACCAUCAGAUGAUGAAGAUGUUGACAACAAUGAUGAUGAAGAGCAUAUGGAUGAAACAGAUUUUUCAUUAGUUAAAAAUAUAUUAAAUAAUAGCAACAAUUUAGAUAAUCGUAAAACAACAAUAACAGCAUCCAAUGUAUUUUGUUGUGGUGAUAAAUCAGGGGCCGGUGUAAUUGGUAAAUUGUUGGGUCAUAAUGCUAAUAAUAAAAAAAUUAAGAAAUCGACCACUGGACCUGGACAAGCGGUACAAGUGAUAACCAAUGAAUGUGGUAUUACAGAAGUUGUAUUGGAUGAUAAUGAGAUGAAAUCCAAAAAACUUAAAAUGGCAGAUCAUGUUUAAAUCUCAAUUACAAAGUAAUCUAAUGAAUUCCAAAGAUGUCUUGAGUGCGACUUAAACGAAAGGACUGUUAAGUAAUAGCUACAAUAAACAAUACCAAUAUCUAUUUUACUAUUUAUUGUGAUUGAAUCAAACAUACUAAUUUACAUACAUAUACAUUUAUUUAAACUUAUUUAUGCACUUUAAAGUGUUUUACAAAGGCAUACUAUUACCACUACUAUUUAUAAAUUAUUAAGUGUAAUAUGAUUAUCAAUAAUUGUUUAAAUAAAAUUAUGUAUACUUAUUGAAGUAAAACUUUUGAUAUAUUUUUUUAAGUAUGUAUGCACACAGUAGAAGAUUUCCACAUAAAUACUUUCAUAUUUAUAUACUACAUAACCCGGUUGACUUAAGUUAAUAAUGUUUAAGAACAAUUUCAUAAAUAGUAUGAAUUUUUUCUA